AUGCAUCACUUGCACUGCGUUGCUCUCAGAGGCGCACAACCUGCUCUUCUUCCUCCACUCUCUCACUCACUCCCUAGCCCCCUCACAUGCACGCACUUGUGCGCAUGCACCACUCGUCCACUCUCACUGCCGUCUCAAAUCAGCAGCAUCUCUAUUUGCCCGAUCCCGUUCUCAGCCAUGAUUCUGAAGCACGCGGUGCACGUGAUGAACACGCUACCGUCGGUCAUCUGGGACCGUCUCAGCCUCAGCCUCGUGUGGACUGUCGUCUGGGUUGUGGGGGUCUCAGGCGCCAUGUUGCUGAUCAGAGGCAUGGUGUUGGUGAGAGGCAUGGCGCUGGUGAGAGGCAUGGCACUGGUGAGAGGCAUGGCACUGGUGAGAGGCAUGGCGCUGGUGAGAGACAUGGCGCUGGUGAGAGGCAUGGCACUGGUGAGAAGCAUGGCGCUGGUGAGAGACAUGGCGCUGGUGAGAGGCAUGGCGCUGGUGAGAGGCAUGGUGCUGGUGAGAGGCAUGGCGCUGGUGAGAGGCAUGGCGCUGGUGAGAGGCAUGGCACUGGUGAGAGGCAUGGCACUGGUGAGAUGCAUGGCACUGGUGAGAGGCAUGGCACUGGUUAGAGGCAUGGCACUGGUGAGAGGCAUGGCACUGGUGAGAGGCAUGGCGCUGGUGAGAGGCAUGGUGCUGGUGAGAGGCAUGGCGCUGGCGAGAGGCAUGGCGCUGGUGAGAGGCAUGGCGCUGGUGAGGCAUGCCUCACUGUAUACCCCCAUGGCGUCAUCUGCUCUGAUUCCGCCCCACAUCAUCAUGUCACCCUUCGCACCAUGUUACAUCUACCGACCUUCCCACUGUUGCUUCUCUCCCAUCCCCUCCCCCAUCCUGUGUGGGCCAUAG